AUGGGUGACUUGAACAUUGAAGAUAAGGUUGACGGAGACAUUGUUCUUCCUUCUCCUUGGAUUGACGCAUGGCUGUCUCUACCAGGAAAUACUGAUAGUAAUGGACUAACAUGGGAUCGCAGCAAAACCCCUUUCGCCUCUGUUCUCAAGAGAACUGUAAACGCCACAAGUUACAAAGCAAGACUGGAUCGUGUUCUUUGCAAACUGAGCGAUUUCAAAGUCAAGGAAAUGCGGGUCGUUGGCGACAAGUUGACGAAGUCUGGAAUUCUCCCCAGUGAUCAUUUCGGUGUGUUUACAGUACUAUCAGCGACGGCUGAGACAACACGUCACCGAAAUCGUGAGACUGACCAAGAAGUCGAAGAGGUUUACUUUCGAAGACCAUCGGACUGGAAGAGGUUAAUUAGGGAGGUGUAAAAUUAAGGAAAAUGUAAACACCGAAAAUCUGGUGAAUAAAGGGCGUAGCCAUCCCCUCCCAGUGGGUAUGUGCUGCCACAAAGGCGAUGGUGUUCUGGGGGAUACUGAAGCAGUUUACUUUUAGACAGGGUAGAGAAAUUAGACUUUUAGCCGUAUCACGUCACUACCUGUAACGUAAAAUAACUUCUCAUUGACAUGAAGAUGCAAGAUUUCUGGUUAAUAGUACCUUAUAUAGUCAAACGUGUACAUAACAGCCCUAUAUAUAGUGGUCACCCUGUAUAUUACAGUCACCGGCCAACUUCCCAAAAUUUUCAGUUGCCUUAUAUUUUCUGCAAACUUGACCUGUAUAUAGUGAUUACCCUGUAUACCACGGUCACCUUGCCAUUUGACAAGGGUGACCACUCUGGACCAUCAAGGGCAUUAUGUUUGUCUGAUAAAGAACUACUGCUACAGCCCCGCUGACAUCUUAAAACACAUGGGGAGCAAGCUUUCUCCUUUAUUGGCCCAAAACUGUGGAAUACCCGCCCAUUAAGUAUAAAACAUUGCAAGUCAGCAGAAUCUUUUAAAUCCAUUUUUAAGACGUACCUUUUUAGGAAUUACUUUGAAUUGUAAGAAUCAUCAUUAAUUACUGCGUUUUUUCAGGCUUUUUUUAUCUUACUUACUUUUCUUUAUCAUUCACUGUUGUAAAGCGCUGUUGGUUCAGUAGAGAAACAGUGCUAUAUAAGAUUAUUAUUAUUAUUAUACACAGGUUUGACUGUAGUUAGAAAUACAGUAUAGGUAUAGACUGGGGGUUCAGGGCUCCCCGAGGCAAACAACAGCCCAAAAGUACCUGUUUUAAAUUCCCCCAAAUAAGAUUAAUUUCAGCACAUAUAUUAGCUGCAACGUUCGCCCAGCGAAUCAAAUUAAAGAUCAAAUGCAAAACGUCCAUAAAUUGUAAAAGAGGUUUACUAGCUGGCUGUUUACUUCUAACAAACAAGCCCUACACCUAAGCUGAUUUACGAUCCAGGCACAGCAACACUUAGCCUCCCACGUAGGCGUUUUUAGGGGAGUUCGUAUUUGUUCCGCUAACUUAGGAAGCAGUUCGUAUUUCUCGCCUUGGGGAGGGAAGAAAUACGAACUCCCCUAAAAACGCCUGUGUGGGAGGCUAAGCAACACUCGGAUAGUAGUACUGUAAAUCCUCUGUGAAUCUAGGCAAGGUUUAUUUAUUUCAAGUACAUUAUUUUGAUAUGGGGGUGGGGGGUUUAAUUGAGUGGGCAGGCCUAUUCAGUUUAUACUGCCUUUUGAAAAGAAACCAAAUAUGGUUUUUUCCUUUUGAAGCCAGAGUGCAACCAUGAGUUGUAACAAAUACAAUUCAAACUCCAGGUUUAUUCAUGUUGCUUUAAUUUAGAAUAAGCAAAUAAAAAUUUUGGUAGUGCAUUGAAUCAUUGUUAUUCUGUAAUUAAUAUCACUACUGUAGUUUUACUAUUCAAUCAUAUUGCAUUCCACAAAAUUGCUGCACAUGUCCGCCUCUACAUGUGACAUUGAAACCAAUAAUAAAAUUCUUAAUUGCAGAAGUGGAAGAAAACAACAUGUUCUCGUGUGUCACAACUUUUAAUCUGGCACUUCAUGUCCACGUGCUAAUAAGGGCCAAGAAUCCUCCAAGAUUUUUCAAUAAAAAUAAGUGA